AUGGCGGUUUCUGUGCGUUUUGUAGCCCUUCUUGGCUGUGUUGUUUUUGUUGUAAUAGCCUGGUGUUUAAGGGAUACCUUUGACUCUGGUGUUCUUGAAGGAAAGAAGGUACUGAUAACUGGUGGUUCGUCUGGAAUUGGCGAAGAGCUUGCUAUUCAGUACUGCAAAUUUGGAGCUACAGUGAUACUGAUUGCAAGACGAGAACAACAACUACAAAGAGUUGUGUCGAAAUGUAAUAAGAUUAAAGCAAAUCAAGCUGUCUACAUUGUUGCUGAUCUGUCAAGUCUUGAGGAAGCGAAGAAAGUGCAUUCAAAGACGCUUGAACUUGUAUCAAACAUUGACAUUCUUAUAUUAAAUCACGUUGCACAGUUCUCUAAGAACUGGGUUAUUAACAAUGAUUUGUCGAAAGUACCUGGUCAUUUUGCAGUUAAUACAAUAAGCUAUAUCAACCUUGCUACACUGUUUUUACCACAACUCAAGAAGUCCAAUGGUAGUAUUAUAGUUGUAUCCUCCCUAGCGGGCACUACAGGAUUUGCAAAGGAGACUUGCUACAGUGCUACUAAACAUGCCUUGCAUGGUUUCUUCAACAGUCUUCGACAAGACUUAAUUCUUUCAGGGCAUAAUAAAAUAUCCAUCACAAUGUGUGUAUUAGGGCCAAUAGACACUCCAGGCAAGAAUCAUUUUAAGAACCAUGAAAAAAUGUACUGGUAUCCUGCAAAUGAAUGUGCACUUGCUAUUGUCAAGGGUGGGGCACUUAAACUUCGUCAAAUGUAUUAUCCAUAUAUGCUUAUGAAGUUCUCAGAGUUUGGCUUCUUUUAUUUCCCAGAAUUGUUUGAGACUAUAGCACAAGUGUAUACAUAUGACAUAUCACUGCCAUCUGCCAUGUACAGAUAUUUUAGAUUGACAUAAUACUAUAAUAGCAAUACAGUAAACAACUGAAAAUAAGAACCUUAUUUUUUGAAAGUCUGGCAUAUAAGGUUCUUGUUUUAGGGGGUAGUUGUUGGUAAUUUUGGCAAAACAGGUUCUUAAGUAGGUUCUUAAUAGACCUCUGCAGCUUUUACGUCAUGUACCGUAUACGCAAUGCAUUGUAGGACAUGUUUGGGACAAAACAUGGUGGAUUUCUUUUGUUUUCUCUUGAAAUUGAUCCCAAAAUGCAUUGAAAAUCAAGUAGUGACGUAAAAGGUUCAGAGGUCAAUUGCUAACAGGGGGAUACAGUUGUUCUUGUUUUGCAUAUAAUUUAUCAUUCGUAUAAUAGAACAUUUGAUUUAAAAAUAUUACUAUUUUUAGCUCAGUUCAAUAAAUACACAAUUUUAAACGGAAA